GAGUUGGUGGAGGAAGGAAGAGAAUUUUUUUAAAUAAAAAGGAGAACAAAGACCUUGUCAAGCUACCCCACAAAGGGCCAUAGAAACGGUGGAUUCCCAAAGUGAAAUUCCGGAAAUUUGAGGAAGAUCCGGAUCCGGAGAGAAAGAGCUGAAGAAAAGAGGUGGGGAAAGCAACGUGGAAAGGAUCAAAGGGAGACCUGGAAGAAAAGAGACCUCCGGGAGAAGAAGAUGGGGAAAUGAAUCGCCCGCCAGACCCCGGCCAAACUGGGAAUUUCGCCCAGGGACAGAAAGGACUACCCUGAUGCUUGAUGACCGUUUUAAGACCCCUCUCCCAAUCCCCACUUGUCACCUAACCAUCUGCUUCGGUCAGAAUUAACCAAUGUCAACAAUUAGGGAACAGCCGAUCUUCAGCACCAGGGCACACAUCUUCCAGAUCGACCCCGCCACCAAGAGGAACUGGAUCCCCACCAGCAAGCAUGCGCUGACUGUCUCCUACUUCUACGAUGCCACACGCAACGUCUACCGAAUCAUCAGUGUGGGAGGCACCAAGGCCAUCAUCAACAGUACUAUCACCCCCAACAUGACGUUCACGAAGACCUCACAGAAAUUUGGCCAGUGGGCCGACAGCAGAGCAAACACCGUCUAUGGCCUGGGAUUUGCCUCUGAGCACCAUCUCUCCCAGUUUGCAGAGAAGUUUCAGGAGGUGAAGGAAGCCGCUCGCCUGGCAAGGGAGAAGUCGCAGGAUAAGACGGAGCUGACCAGCCCAGCCCUCAGUUUGACAUCCCACCAGAUCCUCCCCAGCCCCAUCAUCAGUUCCAAUGGACCUGGAGAUGACAAGCUCUUCCGCAGCCAGAGUGCUGACAUGGAGAUGACGACGGAGAGGGAGCGGAUCAAGAAGAUGCUCUCCGAAGGCUCUGUCUGCGAAGUCCAGUGGGAGGCAGAGUUCUUCACCCUGCAAGACAACAACAACAAGUUGGUGGCCGCAUUGAACGAAGCCAACGCCAACGUGGAGCAGUGGAAGAAGCAGCUGGCAGCCUACCAGGAGGAAACAGAGACCCUGCGGCAACGGGUGGCUGAGCUGGAAGCCCAGAGAGGCCACGAAUCCUCAGGGGAGGCCAAGGAGGAGCCCAGUCCAGCCCUGGAAGCACUGGAGCAGUUGGUGAAAGCCAGAGACGAGGAACUACGGCAGCUAAAGGGGCAGAAAGGAGGAAGCUGGGACAUGGAUGAAGAGUGUGAGGACACCCGUCAGAAGGUGCAGGACUUGGAAAGGCGCAACACAGACUUGGAGCGGCGCCUUCGCCUGGCUGAGCAGUCUCUGUCGGAGACACUUUCUGAGCGGAAGAAGAUGUACCAUGAAGUGGCCAAGGUGGCGGAAAUCAUGGACAUGAAGAUCUUCGAGCUGAGCGAGCUGCGGCAGGACUUGGCCAAGCUGGUGGAGAGCAACUGAGCCUGGCCAUAGGUGGGGAGGUGGGGAAGUUGCCCCGGUGGUUCUCCUUGAAAUGGUUGGCCUGGCGGAAGCGGACAGGCGACGUGGCUCUGAAGUGGGUAGCUGGUGGGGCACAUUUUUGGUCCUCCACAGAUGCUCCUCCAAGAGGAUGCUGGACAUCAUAGAAUUGUAGAGUUGGAAGGGAGCCUGAGGAUCAUCCAAUCCAACCCCCUGCAAUGCAGGAAUAUGCCUCUGUCCCAUAAGGGGAUCAAACCUGCAACCUUGGUGUUCUCAGCACCAGGCUCUAACCAGCUGAGCUAUCCUGGCUGACACCUUCAGGCUUCUUUUUCCUGGCCUUAGUUCCCUUUCGGAUGCUUCCAUUUCUACAGACACAGUUAUCCUUUUUCUAGCCAAGUUAGUACAGUGGCCCCCCUUCCCUGAUCCAGUAGGUUUUUGAUAGAGAACUCUUCUCCCUGCCCCCCAGCCUUACCAGAACCAGCGGCUGAUUCAAAAACCUUUCUUGUAAUCCUCCUAGCUGAGUCUUUUUAACAAGCUUGCUUUUUAUAGAUUACCAGAGACUUCCCCCUCAACCCCCCCCCCCGAGGGAACCUUGACUCUCUUCCUGGAAGUAAAUGGGGCUAUUUUCUUCUCUCCACCCCCCCCACUCUCCUCCCAACAACACCCUCCUUCCAUUGUA